AUGCCUUCCCUGUUCAUUCCAAUCAAAGAUAUCCAUCCUGUCCACAAGCAAAGGGGAAUUAGAGUACGUUGUGUACAGAUCUAUGAUGUGCCUGAGAGGAGGGUAGGUAGUAACAUCAAGAGUAUGGAGUGUCUUCUCCAUGAUGAUCAGGGAGAUUAUAUACAUGCUACUAUUCAGAAUAAAGAUGUUGUCAAAUACAAAGAUGUGCUAAAAGAAGGCCAACUGUAUGAGAUAAAGAACUUCUAUGCUGUUACAAACUAUUACCUUUACAAGGUCACCCAGAAUAACUAUAUGCUCAAGUUUAAUUACAAAACAGAAGUCAAACAGAUCAACUCUAUAGGCUUUCCACUUUUUAUGUUUCGGCUUACAAGUUUUGAGUCUUUGAAAGAUCCCAAGGCAGUUAAUGACAAGGAGCUCAUUGAUGUUAUAGGUCGUGUGGUGGAGAUAUAUAACCCUGUAGACAAGAUUGUGGGUGGUAAAGCCACAAAACUGAUUGACUUUCAAAUCUGUGAUAAUGCGGCCAAGGUUGUUAGUGGUGAGGUCAGAAUAACAUCAUCGUAUGAUGCAACUAAGAUUUGGGUGAAUGGUGAUUUUGAUGAGUUCAAGGACUUCAAAUCUCAGUUAAAAGUUCAAGAGACUCCAAUUAAAAGUCUGAGCACUGAUGGUGAUUACUAUAUUCCUGGUGAAAUUAUGGCAAUAGAGUCUUCUACAGACGAUUGGUACUACAUGGCAUGCCUGACACCUGGCUGUAACAGGAAGCUUAAACCAAUCGAAGGGGUCUUAAACUGUGACAAGUGUGUAAAACAAUUUGAGGAAGGUACUGCUAGGUAUAAGCUUUUGGUGAGAGUCUUAGACAAAACCACAGAUGCAACUUUCCUGCUCUGGGAUAGGGAAGUUGCAGAAUUAGUUGGCAUUCCUGCUACUCUGUUGUAUGAGAAGUACAAAAAGGCUGAUGUUGACAUCCCCACUGAGAUUGAGGUGGUGAUUGGUUUAAAAAUGAUUUUUAAAGUGGGGAUUAAAAGAGCUAUGAUGAAAGGCAAUAAUCCAGCUUACAAUGUGAUGAGGGUUCUAAGGGACGAGCAGUUGUUAGAUGCUUAUUGUUCCAGAUUAUUUGAAGAUGAAGAAAAAGACCUAAUGUCACAGCAAAUAGAAGAGGAUGAGAACACUUCUCAACAUUCUGAGGAAGCCUCUAAAGAAGAAGAGGUCAAUAGUCCUGCUAACACAAGGCCAUCAGAAUCCCAAGUUAAUGCUCAAGCUGAUUCUCCUACUACUAAGAGGUCAUUGCUGGAUCAGUUUUCAUCCUCAAAAGGGAGCAAAAGGUCAAAGGGUGGUAGCAUUAAGAAGGAGAAGAUGAACUGA